AUUGAGAGGACAAGGACAUUUGAAGAAGAACAUUUGAGGAAGAACCUGACAUAUCUAGUCUUUCAAUAGUAUUAAUAUCAGUUCACUCGGGUUCUGGUGAUAGACACGGAAAGGCGCGCCUAUCACCAGAAGCUCUUCAACUUCUUUUAUUCCUCCUCUUUUUAUACGUUACGUGCGCGCUCCCGUAGUUACUGGGAAUGGUGAUGCCGCUUGCAAGGAAGAUGGCGUCUGUGUGGACACUGGUGAACGGUAUCAAGGCAUAAGUAGGAAAGAAAGACAUAGAAAAGACGCAAACGAGAGGUAAGAAUAGAUACAGUUCAAUAGGGCAUAGAGAUCAGGGACAGGAAAGAGACCUUCAGCAAACAGUUCGAUGAUCGAUGAGUGAUAAGACCCCCUCAAUCCUAGCUGCCGCUGCGCUGUACACCGGCAGAUAGCUAGCUAGCUAGCUAAGUUACGUAGCUUAGCUUGCUAGUCUAGUUGGAAAUUGCCCAUCUGUAGUGGGGCCAAGGGGAGUUGGGGUAGUGUUGCUGCCAGCGAGAAAGAGACGACGGCGUUUCUGCAUCUUGGACUUACGAGUGGGCGCUACUGGAAUUCGCAGGGAGGCCGGGAUAAAGCAUCGCAAUCGGGGACAGGGGCGAGCCAGGAUGUCCAGCUCCUCAGACAGUGAGGAUGACAGCUUCAUUGCCAUGGAUACAGAAGAGGGUGCAGCGGGGCCGGGACAGUUGGCCAUGGAGCACGAGCGGGCGGAGCCGCGGGGAGGGGAGCGCGCGACAGCGAGCGAGCGCACCAUGGGAGAACUGCCCGAGGAGGUGCUCGAGUACAUCCUGUCCUUCCUGUCCCCAUACCAGGAGCACAAGACCGCCGCCCUGGUGUGCAAACAGUGGUAUCGCCUCAUUAAAGGAGUUGCACAUCAGUGCUACCACGGGUUCCUGAAGGCUGUUCAGGAAGGCAAUAUUCAGUGGGAGAGUCGGACCUACCCCUACCCUGGGACCCCCAUCACACAGCGCUUCUCACACAGUGCAUGUUACUAUGACUCCAACCAGUCCAUGUACGUGUUUGGUGGCUGCACACAGAGCAGCUGCAACGCUGCUUUCAAUGACCUGUGGAGGCUCGACCUCAACAGCAAAGAGUGGAUCCGGCCUCUGGCAUCAGGUUCGUACCCCUCUCCAAAGGCUGGGGCUACCCUGGUGGUGUACCGGGACCUGCUGGUUCUUUUUGGGGGUUGGACCCGCCCCAGCCCCUACCCCUUGCACCAACCGGAGAGGUUCUUCGAUGAGAUCCACACCUAUUCGCCAUCCAAGAACUGGUGGAAUUGUGUAGUGACCACCCACGGGCCCCCUCCCAUGGCCGGACACUCCUCAUCAGUCAUCGGCAGUAAGAUGGUCGUUUUUGGGGGCUCCCUUGGAGCACGGCAAAUGAGUAAUGAGGUCUGGGUGCUGGAUCUGGAGCACUGGUCCUGGUCCAAACCCCCCAUCACCGGAACCGCCCCCCACCCGCGGGGAGGUCAGUCACAGAUUGUCCUCGAUGACAAGACAUUGCUGAUUCUAGGUGGCUGUGGGGGUCCCAAUGCUCUGUUGAAGGACGCCUGGCUCCUGCACAUGGCCGUUGCCCCGUGGUCAUGGCAACAGCUGCGGGUGGAGAACGAGGAGCACGGAGCUCCGGAGCUGUGGUGUCACCCCGCCUGCAGGGUGGGCCAGUGUGUGGUGGUUUUCUCCCAGGCGCCCUCCGGCCAUGCCCCCCUGAGCCCCAGCCUGAACUCUCGACCUUCCCCCAUCAGCGCCAGCUCUCCGCCCCUCGCCCCCGACCAGCCCUCCCUGCGCUCUCAUUCGCCUGUGCGGAGCGGGGCGGGGGCAGGGGCGGUCCCGGGGACGUACGAGGAAGCGCCCUGCGUCAACGGCCGCUGGGGAACGCUGCGCCCGCGGCCCUCAGCCAGAGGGGGCGCCAGAGAGGCCAGCCCCUCCUCUUCUCAGCAGCAGUCUCCCAGCCCGCCCUUACCCACCCUCCCUUUACACAACGGGUCCUCCCCCUCUCCCCGCACCAGCCCCGGCCAAGCCGCCUCCCCCCCGGCCCCGCGGCCACACCCCCCCUGCUGGGACUCCUCCCCCUCCUCCACGGUCGCUGCCCCUGAGCAGGCGAGCGCUAACGGCCUCCACACCCCCCCGGGCUCCCCACACACCCCCCCCGGGGCAGUCUCCCCUGCCGCCCUCCGCAGGGGCCUGGAGGCGGUCAAAGCACUCGUUACCUCCUCGUCAUCAUCAUCAUCGUCAUCCCUGCCCUCUUCCUCCACGUCUCACGCCCAGGCAGCCGGAGCCACGGGCGGGGCCACGGGCGGGGCCACGGGCGGGGCCACGCCCUCUCCCUCUUCGUCCGGCAGCCCGCCCCCUCCCGGGCAGGCGGCGGCUGACGGACACUCCAUCCCUCCAAUCGCGCGGCGCCUGGGGCACCACCCCCCGCAGAGCCUGAACGUGGGGAAGCCCCUGUACCAGUCGCUGAACUGCAAGCCCAUGCAGAUGUACGUGCUGGACCUGUCGCAGGCCCGCGACCGACGCCUCGUCUCCUGGAAGGUCUUCAGCAGCGCCGCGGCAGCGGGGGCCGGGGCCGGGGCCGGGGGGGGCAUGGCCGUGGUGGGCCCCCCCGAGACCAGCCUGCACACAGUGGUCCAGGGAAGAGGGGAGCUGAUCAUUUUCGGGGGUUUGAUGGACAAGAAGCAGAACGUGAAGUACUACCCCAAAACCAACGCCUUGUAUUUUGUACGCGCCAAGAGAUAGUGGAGAGAGAGAGAGAGAGAGAGAGAGAUAGAGAGAAAGGGGCAGUAAGAGACACUAAUCCGGUCCAGCCUGAACACAGAACUGAUGAGGUUUCUGUUUAACCCACUCUUGGCUGUGUGCUCUGGCUCAAAAUGGAGGAAAUGGGGGGAGAUGGAAGAGACUGGAAUGCUAAGACAUUCUAAACCCGUUCAUCUCUGGCCUUUUCUCCUGCAAAAAACGUUUCUUCAAAGAAAUUUGACUUCAAAAGCAGAUAGACACCUGACUAUGAUUAUGGUCAUUAUAACAAUUAGCUAAAAAUAAACAUUUUUACCUCCCACCACUGUCUCCACAGGAAAAUAAAUAAAAAUAAAUGGAGGGUUUUCAUCCAUUGCUCUCUGGGUGACAGGAUAUCUUAACUGUCGAGAGGAGCUUCAAACCUGUUCUGUGGAAGAGAAGGGAGAAGUGGACUGUUGUGUAUAUUUUUUAAUUAUUUUGUCUUUUGCAUUGAUGGAGGAACGCUUUCAAAGUUCAUUGUUUACAAUGGUGUGUGAGUGUGUUUGUGUGUGUUUAAAAAUACAAGUGGUUUUCACUCGACUAUAUUCCAUUUUUUCCUGGUGAGGGUUGCAGGAUGGGCUAUAAGAAAAGGAAGGAUACCAGUUGGAGAAAAUAAUGCAAAUGGCAAGAGCAAAAACCACCAUGGAAUUUGGAGUAUAUUUGAGUAAAUGUAUACAUUUGAAUGAAUGAAUCAUUAAAAAAAUAAAAAGUGAAAAAAAUGCUA